AUGGCUGAGAAGAAUGCGGUGGCUGUGGCCUAUGUGAAGCGCGGCAAGGGCGAGAUCCGUCUUAAUGGCUCCCCGCUGGACCUGGUGCAGAAUGACACGCUGCGCUGGAAGGUGUUUGAGCCGGUGCUGCUGCUGGGCAAGCAGCGGUUCAGCAAUGUGGACAUCCGCAUCCGCGUCAAGGGUGGCGGCCAGGUAUCCCAGAUCUACGCCAUCCGCCAGGCCAUCUCCAAGGGCAUCGUGGCCUUCUACCAGAAGUAUGUGGACGAGCAGAGCAAGAACGAGAUCAAGGACAUCCUGCUGACGUACGAUCGCACGCUGCUGGUGGCCGACCCGCGCCGCUGCGAGCCCAAGAAGUUUGGCGGCCCCGGAGCUCGCGCACGCUACCAGAAAUCAUACAGAUGAUCACUUCUAAGGAGGCCCAGCAGCCCAAGACUGGUGGCCCGGAGCCAGCGCGGCAUCCGGCGCCGUGUGCGCCUGCCUGGCUGCCCGCCUGCGUGGAGUCGCCCGCAGCUGGCGCCCUGCUGCUGCAUGCCUCCGCAUCUGUAGCCUGCUGUUGGCUGUAACCAACCACUAGC